AUGAAUUCUACUCAACUCUUUGAAGUUUUAUCACAAUUAAAGAUAUCCAGCGCCGGUUAUUCCAAACCCUGUAAAUAUAAAAUCGCAACCAUCACCGUCUUCUCGUAUGAUGGUAUACCUCAUCAACCUUCAAUGAUACAACAACCGCCCUCCAAUACAUCCACCAAAACAGUAAAUGGUUCUAACAGGAUUGCUGAUCCAAAACAAAAACUGCCAAAUUGA